GCUUGCAAAAAAAAGGAGUUUUAAAGCUUUUGCUUUUUUGGAUUGUGUGAAUGCUUCAUUCGCCUCACAAACAACCACAGAACCACAAGUGCGGUGCAAACUUUCUCCAGGAGGACAGCAAGAAGUCUCUGGUUUUUAAAUGGUUAAUCUCCGCAGGUCACUACCAGCCACCGAGACCAACAGAGUCAUUUAAGGCUGCAAGCAGUAUUUACAACAGAGGGUACAAGUUCUAUCUGAAAAAAAAAGGAGGGACUAUGGCAUCAAACAGCCUCUUCAGCACAGUGACACCAUGUCAGCAAAACUUCUUUUGGGGUGAGGAACUGAAGUCCAGAGGGGUUUCUUGAACUGCCCAAGGACACACUACUAUUUAGUGAUACAAGCUGGGACUAAAUCUGAGGUCCCCCGACACCUGGUCCAGAGUUCUUUCUACUAUACAACAAGGAAUAUACAAAUAAAAGUUUAUCAUAACUAACCCA